AUGGCUGACAGAUAUUCAUUCUCGCUCACAACAUUCUCACCCAGUGGAAAACUCGUUCAGAUAGAGUAUGCGCUAAAUGCUGUGAACCAAGGCGUUACCUCGCUGGGUAUCAAAGGUGCUGCCUCAACCCUCCUUCUCCCUUUCGCAGGUCUAAAUCCGCCAACAGCAACAAACGGCAUCGUGCUUGCGACGGAAAAGAAAUCCUCUUCCCCACUCAUUGACCCACCUUCCCUCUCCAAAGUCUCCCUAAUCACCCCCAACAUCGGCAUGGUCUACUCCGGCAUGGGCCCCGACUACCGCAUCCUGGUGGACAAAUCCCGCAAAGUCUCGCACACGGGCUACAAGCGAAUCUACAACGAAUACCCGCCCACACGGAUAUUAGUCCAAGACGUCGCGCGCGUUAUGCAGGAAGCUACGCAAUCUGGGGGGGUGAGGCCCUAUGGCGUCAGCCUUUUGAUCGCGGGGUGGGAUGACGGGAUCGAGCCCGAGACCGAGGAGGCCAAGGUAGGGGAGACGGAUGCCGAGAAGAGGAAGGCGUCCAGCAAGACUGGGGGGAUCCUCAAGGGCGGGCCGAGUCUGUAUCAGGUCGAUCCUAGCGGGAGUUAUUUUCCUUGGAAGGCUACCGCGAUCGGGAAGAGUGCUACGAGCGCGAAGACCUUCUUAGAGAAGCGGUAUACAGAUGGGUUAGAGUUGGAGGAUGCAGUGCAUAUUGCGCUGUUGACGUUGAAGGAGACGAUCGAGGGGGAGAUGAAUGGCGAGACGGUCGAAAUCGGUAUCGUCGGCCCACCGGCAAACCAUCUCCUGGGCUACGAAGGCGUCGAAGGCGCGCAAGGGCCCCGCUUCAGGAAGUUGAGCAAGGAGGAGAUUGAAGAUUACCUUACCAAUCUGUAG